ACAGGAAUGGGUGGUGUCUCAGAGUCUGAAAUGAUGUCCCACAGCAGAGAGGAUUCGCCAUUGCAGUCUGACCAACAUGGCAAUAAGAACAACCAACUAUUCACGUCCUUAGGAAGACAGUCUUCCAUAUACUCUCUCACUCUCGAUGAGUUCCAACAUGCUCUAUGUGAGAACGGCAAAAAUUUCGGGUCUAUGAACAUGGAUGAAUUCCUCAACAGCAUUUGGACAGCUGAAGAAAAUCAAGCUAUCAACUCCACCCACCACAACCACAGUAAUAACAUCGAUGCAAACCGCCUUAACAACAUAAGCAAUAGCAAUGUUCAGCACCUCUCUUUAAGUGAGAUCAGUACGGAAAAAAAGGGCAUGAUUGCCAAGCAGCCAAGCUUGGCACGUCAGGGUUCACUCACACUUCCCCCACCAUUAUGCAGGAAGACGGUGGAUGAAGUUUGGUCUGAAAUUCAUAAGGGGCAGAAGGCACAAGCUCAGCAACAACAGAACAGUAACCACAACAAGAGCAAUGAUGGUGCUCAAAAUUCCGAGUAUGCCGUUCGCCAACCCACAUUUGGGGAGAUAACGUUAGAGGAUUUUUUAGUAAAAGCCGGGGUGGUUCGUGAACCAGAUUCACUGUUAGUGUCUUCCCUUCCUCCUCAAUCUCAACAGCAACAGUAUGGCAUGGUGGGGCAAAGUUUUAUGAUGGGAAUGGGUGCAAAUGCUAAUGCUAACACUUGUACUACUCCUGUCCUUCCCAAUUACCAAACCAUCCCUCAGAGUGGUGGCGCGGUCGGAGAGUCAUCCGGGUAUGCCACAAAUGGCAAGAGGAAUGGGGCAUUCCCUCCACCACCGUCACAGGGAGUUUGUUUUAGUGGGAGAAUGGUGAAUGGUGGCAGCGGCUAUGCCCCUACACAGCCAAUUGGGAUGGCUACUCCUGUGAGUCCAGUGUCAUCUGAUGAGAUGUGUGCGAAUCAGAUCGAUAACUCGGGGGGCCAAUAUGGCAUGGAUAUGGGUGCACUGAGGGGAAGAAAGAGAAUUGUAGAUGGUCCAGUGGAGAAGGUGGUGGAGAGGAGGCAGAGAAGGAUGAUCAAGAAUAGAGAGUCUGCCGCAAGGUCUAGAGCAAGGAAACAGGCAUACACAGUUGAAUUGGAGGCAGAACUAAACCAACUAAGAGAAGAGAACGCGAACCUUAAACAGGCACUGGCUGAGCUUGAGAUGAAACGGAAGCAGCAGUACUGUGAGGAAGUGAGAAAAAGAGCUCAAAGCAGGGCGCAGAAAGCCAUGGAGAAGCUGUGGAUGCUAAAGAGGAGUCACAGUUGCGCUGUGUGA